AUGCUGCUGCUUCUGCUGAGGACGGUGGUGGUAGUGGUGCUUCUCAAUAUUGAGACGUGUUUUCAGCUAACUCAUCAAGUCCAAUCUAAUAAGCCAUGUCCUCAUUUAUGUUCUUGCUCUCAAGACACAGUCAUUUGUACUGGUCAAGGACUUUCCAGAAUACCUAGUGGAAUACCUUCUAGUACUAUUAGACUGUAUGUUCUUUCCAUGACUUUUUUUUUAGCAUAA